AUAUACACGUGUUGAAAAAAAAAACACAAUUAAUAUUGAGUUGAUAGGUCAAUGAUAACAACAACUGGAAAUAUAAAUUAAAUAAAACAUAAAACUGUCAGCAAUAAUCAGUAUUGACAAACACAUCAGAGUGUGCACACUUAACACGGUCACUUAUCUUUUUUGUAUCAAUAUAUUUAUAAAUAUAAAAGAAUUAAUUUAAUUAAAAAACAACGUCAUUCCAAUAUAUUCAAAAUGACAGUGAACAGAGAGUCAAAUAUUUUACAAUAUUUUGCAACAAUUGCUGCAUGUUUGUCAGCAUUUGCUUCAUCAGCUAUGGUUGCUUGGACAAGUCCAACUUUACAAAAAUUAGAAAAAAAUAAUCCAGUUGCUGAGGACAAUCCAUUUGGUCAUGCAAUAACAGCUGAUGAAAGUUCUUGGAUUUCAUCACUACCAAUACUUGGUACAGUGUUUGGUUGUUUCUUUUUUGGAUACCUUGCUAAAAGAUGGGGACGUAGAAAAUCUUUGUUGUUUUCUGUUAUACCAUUUUCCGUAAGUUGGAUAUUUGUUGGACUCGCUAAAAGUGUGACAAUAUUGUGCAUAGGAAGAAUCAUUGGAGGAAUUGCUAUAGGUGCACCAUUAUCAGUUAUACCAAUGUAUACCGCUGAAAUAAGUGAUAAAUCCAUAAGAGGUACACUCAGUUCAUUUAUGCAAGUUUUUUUAAACAUUGGCUGGAUAUUUUCAUUCUCAAUUGGUCCAUUUGUGUCUUAUAAUAUUCUCUGGAUGUCAUGUGCUACCUUACCAUUUUUAUUUUUUAUAACAUUUUAUUUAAUGCCUGAAUCACCUUAUUAUUUAGCAACACAGGGUAAACAUGAAAAAAUGAUUCAAGUUUUAAUUAAAUUUCGUGGUAAUAUUAGCAGGGAUUUUAUUGAAGCCGAAGCUGAUGAAAUUGAAGAUUGUGUUCAAGCUGCUGCAAAACUUGAAACAAGUAUUAUGGAUUUAUUCAGAAUACCAAGUAACUUUAAAGCACUUUGGUACAGUUGUUUAAUGUUUGUAUUUCAAAAUUCUUCCGGUGCUGUUGUUAUAUUGUAUAAUGCUGAGUCAAUAUUUACUGCAACUGGUGUUAGUGAUACCAUUUCACCAGCAGUUUCUACAAUAAUAAUUGGAAUUGUUCAACUUGUUUUUUGUUGUAUAACACCAUUGUUUGUUGAUAAUUGGGGAAGAAAAAUAUUGUUAAUUUUAUCAGGCAUUGGUGAAACAAUGAGUCUUGCAGCACUUGGGUUAUAUUUCUAUUUGGCUGAAAAUGCUGAUAAUGGUGAUGGAGAUGUUAGUGGUAUCAGUUGGUUACCAAUCACUUCAAUGAUAUUUUUUUUCGCUACAUAUAGUAUAGGCUGGGGACCAUUACCAUGGACCGUUAUGAGUGAAAUAUUUGCUUCUGAUAUUAAAACAAAAGCUUUUGCUAUCAUAACAACAAUACAUGGACUCGUAGCAUUUUUAAUACUCAAAUUUUUUCCAACUAUUGUUGUCCACUUUGGCAUGUACAGUGUAUUUUGGCUAUUUGCAAUUAUUUCUUUUAUCAGUAUUCUAUUUACCAUAUUUGUACUUCCUGAAACUAAAGGAAAAAGUUUACAAGAAAUUCAAAAACAACUUGCCAGUCUCAACUGAAUUAAACUAUUUCGAAUUAAAUAGUUAUAUCCAAUUGUUUAUGAAUACACAUUUACUGUUGUUAAACUUUUUAUAAAAUUUCAGUUUUGUAUGAAAAAUAAAUUUUAAUCAUUAAAAAAUAAAUCAUACUGUUGUCUGAUAUUUACUGUGUACAUAAUCCAGUAGCUGAUAACAGUUCUUGGAUUUCAUUAUUACCAAUACUCGGUCCAGUGUUUGGUUGUUUCUCUUUCGGAUAUCUUGCUCAAAAGCAGAAGAAAAAUAUCAGAGUACAGUGGAGUAAUACGAAGGAAAUCGGAUAAAAACGUACAAAUAUCGGAGAGAAACGAGACAAAGUACAAACACGAAAAAAUGACGGAGAAAUAUCGGAGAAAAUUUUUUUCUAGGGAUUAUCGCAACCUAACUAUACAGAUUUUUAUGAUAAAAGAAAUAAAUGAUAACUUGCGAUUGUUAUUGUAAAAAUAUUAAUAAUUUCAAUGUCAUUAAUAUAUAAAUAGAACAAUUCAACAUUAAAUGUAAAAAAAAGUUGAAAAAAAAAGAAUUGGUGCUCUCGUAAUGGCACGUGCUUGUUCACAUUAUAGCAUUAAAUUAUGGAACACAUUUACGAUCCUAAUGACGAAUUUAAAAAUUUACAAUUACACGAAAUAUAUUUAAUAUAUAUAUUUAUAUUUAAUAUAUUUAAUUAUAUAUAUAAUCGUGAACAUGCGUUUAUGUGGUGAUUGGUCCGCCAGAGAAUAUAAUCAUAUUAUAUGACUUAAGUCAUGCAAGUUAUAUAAUAUGAUCAUAUUCUGUGGAUCUGGAAUAUAAAACUGAUCGUACAUGGAAAGAAAAAUUAAAAAUACCAAUAGUUCUGCAAUGAUCCCCGGAGAAAACCGAUGACGUGAGUGGUAAAAUUAUGUAUUUGUCCGGAAGGACGUAGUCUGGCGACAAGGCCUGUGUAAAAACUCGUCUUGAUUACAAGGACUAUAUACUACAUAUAUGUAUAUCCCGAUAGAAAUAUUUUUCCGUUUUCUCAAACUUUUUUCCGUCAUUUUUCCUACUUUUUAGUAGACUUAAAACUUUUAUCGAAAAAAGUUGGA